CUCUUCCUUCUUCCUCCUCCUUUGCCCGAACACUAGGGUUUCACUGAACGCUCUUCCAAGAGUGCAGAUUCGUUUUUUCCUCCCUCUUUUCUUUUACUUCUGGGUUUCUAAUUGUAGAUUUCACGGCGGAGAUGAAGAAGCACUUUACGUUACCAAGAAACGCUAUCUUACGCAAUGGCGGAGAGCCGCACUCGUCAAACCCUAAUACGUCGAAAUCGAAGCCUCCACGAAAAUUAAGAUCCGCCAAAGAAAAUGCUCCACCUACGGAUCAGAACUUGUUGACGCCGGACCAUAGGUCGAUGAAAUUGAAGAGUCCAUUGCCUCCGCGUCCGCCGCGUCCGCCGCCGUCUAAUCCUCUCAAAAGGAAACUCAGUGCGGAUGCUGCGACGGAAUCUGGGUUUUCAGACUCCGGUGUCAAGGUUAUAGUUAGAAUGAAGCCUCUAAACAAAGGUGAGGAAGGUGAUAUGAUAGUAGAAAAGAUGUCCAAAGAUUCCCUCACAAUUGGUGGGCAAACUUUCACAUUCGACUCAAUUGCUUAUCCGGAGUCGACACAGGAACAAAUGUUUCAGGUCGUUGGAGCGCCUCUUGUUGAAAAUUGUCUAUCUGGAUUUAACAGUUCUGUAUUUGCCUAUGGACAGACUGGUAGUGGGAAAACAUAUACCAUGUGGGGUCCUGCAUAUGGAUUGUUGGAAGAGCACCUCCGCGGUGACCAAAGGGGUUUGACCCCACGUGUCUUUGAACGUUUGUUUGCCCGAAUCAAAGAGGAACAAGUCAAGCAUGCUGAAAGACAACUCAAUUACCAGUGCCGGUGCUCAUUACUCGAGAUUUACAACGAGCAAAUAACAGACCUACUGGAUCCAAGCCAGAAAAACCUGAUGAUUAGAGAAGAUGUCAAGUCAGGUGUUUAUGUUGAAAAUCUGACUGAGGAAUACGUAAAAAACUUGACAGACGUGUCACAGCUUCUGAUUAAGGGUUUGGGAAAUAGAAGGACUGGUGCAACGAGUGUAAAUGCAGAGAGUUCAAGGUCACAUUGCGUAUUUACUUGUGUUGUUGAAUCUCGGUGCAAGAAUGUUGCUGAUGGGUUAAGCAGCUUUAAGACAAGCCGAAUAAACCUUGUUGAUCUGGCUGGUUCUGAACGACAAAAAUCAACUGGGGCAGCAGGAGAACGUCUGAAGGAAGCUGGGAAUAUUAAUCGAUCGCUCUCUCAGCUUGGGAACUUGAUUAACAUCCUCGCAGAGAUUUCUCAAACAGGGAAGCCAAGGCAUAUACCUUAUAGGGAUUCCAGAUUAACAUUUUUAUUGCAAGAGUCUCUUGGUGGGAAUGCAAAGUUAGCAAUGGUUUGUGCAAUUUCUCCUUCUCAAAGUUGCAGAAGCGAAACCUUCAGCACCUUGAGAUUUGCUCAGCGUGCAAAGGCAAUCCAGAAUAAGGCUGUUGUCAAUGAAGUGAUGCAGGAUGAUGUAAAUUUCUUGCGUGGAGUGAUAUGCCAGCUGAGGGAUGAACUACAAAGGAUGAAGGAUGAUGGAAAUAAUCCAACCAAUCCAAAUGUUGCUUAUUCCACUGCAUGGAAUGCACGUAGAAGUUUGAAUUUAUUAAGAAGCUUCGGUCUGGGUUAUCCAAGGUCCUUACCUCAUGAAGAUAAUGAUGGUGAUAUUGAGAUGGAAAUUGAUGAGGCUGCUGUUGAAAGGCUUUGUGUUCAAGUGGGUUUGCAAUCAUCUUUAGCUUCUGAGGGGAUCAAUCAUGAUAUGAACAGAGUAAAGAGUAUACAUUUAUGUGAUGGCCAAUCUAUAAAAAAGGGGCUUCCUGAGGACUCAGAUGUUGCCAUGGAGGAUGCUUGUUGCCAUUCUGAGAACCAUGAACCAGAAACAGUGGAUAAUGUGAGAACUAAGACAGAGACUGGCAUCACAGAAAAUCAGAUCAAGACACACUCAACUUUAGAUCAUGACUCCACUUUCCAGCCUCUUUCAGUCAAGGAUGCUCUUUGUUCUUCACUGAACAAGUCGGAGGAUGUGCCAUCAUGCCCUGUCAUAGUUCCGGAAGACGUUAUUUCAGAAAAUGUAUUGAUAGCUGAUGGAUUAGAUGAUCCAGAGCACUUAGUAAAUUCUGCAUCUCCUAGUCUUUGUAUAGAUCCAGUUGGUGCGACUCCUGUAUUAAAAUCUCCCACACUGAGUGUCUCUCCUACUAUUAGAAAUAGCAGGAAAAGCUUGAAGACAUCGGAAAUGUCAACAGCAUCUCAGAAGGGUACUGAAGGAGACAAUUUAGUUACAGAAGCUGCGGAACCAUCUCUGGCUACAUCCAAAAAGAUGAAUAACUGUUCUAGUGCUUUGUCUACACAGAAGAGCAAAGUUUUUCCUGUACGGACUGAGCGGUUGGCAUCUAGCCUCCACAAAGGAAUUAAACUUCUUGAGUCGUAUUGCCAGAGUACAGCUCAAAGACGAUCGACAUACAGGUUUUCCUUCAAAGCUCCAGAUUGUAAGCCUUCAACCUCUAUAAGUAAGGCUGAUGCAGGUGUGCAGACCAUUCCCGGAGCUGAUGCAAUAUCAGAGGAGAAUACAAAAGAGUUUCUGUGCAGUAAAUGCAAAUGCAGAGAAGAAUUUGAUGCCCAGCAAAUGGGUGACAUGCCAAAUCUUCAGUUUGUAGUACCUGUUGACAACUCGGAAGUGACAGAAAAAGCCAAGAGCCAAGUUCCCAAAGCAGUGGAAAAGGUUCUAGCAGGAUCUAUCAGGAGGGAAAUGGCUCUAGAAGAGUUCUGCACUAAACAAGCCUCUGAGAUAACCCAACUUAACCGACUGGUACAACAAUACAAACAUGAGAGAGAGUGCAAUGCCAUCAUAGGACAAACAAGGGAGGACAAAAUUAUUCGCCUUGAAAGCCUUAUGGAUGGCGUAUUAUCUAAGGAGGAUUUCCUGGAUGAAGAAUUUGCUUCUCUCCUGCAUGAACAUAAGCUUCUAAAGGACAUGUAUCAAAAUCACCCUGAAGUGCUUCAGACGAAGAUUGAGUUGGAAAGAGCGCAAGAAGAGGUAGAAAAUUUCAAGAACUUUUAUGGUGACAUGGGAGAAAGGGAAGUGUUAUUGGAAGAGAUUCAGGAUUUAAAGAUGCAGCUACAGUGUUACAUUGACCCUUCUCUUAAAUCAGCUCGGAAAACAUGUUCCCUGCUAAAUCUUUCAUACCAAGCUCCCCCAGUUGAUGCUAUUCCUGAAUCACAGGACAAGAGUCUCGUGAAGACAUUAGAACAGGAAAGACUUUGUUGGACUGAGGCAGAGACCAAAUGGAUUUCUCUCGCCGAGGAAUUAAGAACUGAGCUUGAAGCCAGUAAGGUGCUGUUGAAUAAGCAGAAACAUGAACUUGAAAUUGAGAAAAGAUGCGGGGAAGAGUUGAAAGAAGCAAUGCAGAUGGCCAUGGAAGGGCAUGCACGGAUGCUUGAACAAUAUGCAGACCUGGAAGAGAAGCAUAUGCAAUUGCUUGCUAGACAUAGAAGGAUUCAAGACGGAAUAGAUGAUGUCAAAAAGGCAGCGGCAAGAGCCGGAGUCAGAGGAGCAGAGUCCAAAUUCAUAAAUGCACUUGCAGCAGAAAUCUCAGCCUUAAAGGUAGAAAAAGAGAAGGAGAGACAAUGCUUGAGGGAUGAGAACAAAAGUCUCCAAACACAACUAAGAGAUACAGCUGAAGCCAUACAAGCAGCUGGAGAAUUACUUGUUCGGCUUAAGGAAGCCGAAGAGGGAUUGACAGUUGCACAGAAACGUGCAAUGGAUGCAGAGUAUGAAGCUGCAGAAGCAUAUAGACAGAUUGACAAGCUGAAGAGGAAACAUGAAAACGAAAUCAACACUCUUAACCAACUCGUCCCUCAAUCUCAUAUUCACAAUGAAUGCUCUACCAAAUGUGAUCAAGCCGUGGAAUCAUCAGAAAAUGCAAGUGAGCAGCAAUGGAGAGAUGAAUUUGAGCCGCUUUACAAAAAAGAAACCGAGUUUUCAAAUCUUGCUGAACCCUCUUGGUUUUCGGGUUACGAUCGGUGCAACAUAUAAUUCUAAUAUUCCACUAUUUUGUGUGUAAUGUGUAUAAAAUGGGUGUCUGAUU